AUGGCCGCAGACUUGAACCAGAUUGAUCUCGUCGUUGGUGGUAGAUUUCGCUUACUUGAAUAUGUAGCCGGUGGUUCUUUCGGAGAAGUCUUCAUGGCGACCGACCUCCAGAAAUCCCAGACCGUCGCGAUCAAACUGGAGCCGAAGAUAGACAGUCUCGAACCCUCUCCCCUCGCGCUAGAACUAGACAUCUACCGGAGUCUCUCGGGAGGCGUGGGCAUGCCGAAAAUGUACUGGUAUGGCGAAGAGGGCGACUAUCGAGUGAUGGCAGUUGAGCUACUCGGUCCCACCCUCCAAGAUCUCCUCACCUACGUCGGCAAUCGCUUCAGCCUGAAGACGGUUCUCAUGAUUGCAGACCAGUUGAUCUGUCGUCUUCGCUUCAUGCACUCGAGGAAGGUCCUCCACCAAGACGUCACCGCGGGUAAUGUGAUCCUGGGCACCGGCCGGAAAGGCAACUGCAUCUACCUCACCGACUUUGGCUGUGCUGCUCAGUACUUUGUGGACCCGAGCCAGGCAGACCCAUUUGACAGAAUUGGGACAGACACCUUUGCCAGCAUAAGUGCGCACGCUGGACGUGCCCAGUGUCCUCGAGACGACCUGGAAAGCCUCGGGUUCCUUCUGCUCUAUCUUCUGGGAGCUAAAUUCCCGUGGGAUGACUACGUCCCGAGAUUCCCCAUGAACCAAGACCUGAUAUGGAGGGACCUAGGCCAAAUCAAGAGCGACACCACGAUUGAGAGACUCUGUGAAGGUUUCCCGUAUGCCUUUCAGUUGUAUUUCCAACAUGUCCGAUCGCUACAGUACCACGACCGGCCGAAUUACUCCUAUCUGCGGAGUAUUUUCCGAGAGUCAUUUGUCGAUAGUGGAUUUGAGUACGAUCAUGUCUAUGAUUGGACGGCUCAAUUGUUUGAGAUCGUUCGAGAGAGGGGACCGGAGGAAACUGAUGAUAGCACUGUCCCUGCUACGGACGAUCAUAGUGAGGGUGGCAUGCCCAUUCCAGCUGCGUGA